UUUUUCAUAAUUAACAUUUCAACUUUUCAAGAAUUUUUGGUUUGAUAUGGUUUCUCGUUUCCAUAAAUUAUUAGAGUUUAUUGGAAGCCUUCAAAAAACUUUUGAAACCCAUAGAACCGUUUUGACAGUAGGUGGAACUCUUCUAUCUGCUAGUGCUGCUUGGGCUGGAUAUCUAGCGAGAACCCAUCACCAAGCCUCCAUCGAGAAGAGGCUUGAGGCUAUUCAGAGUCAAAUAAAAGACCCUCAAAAGAUUAGAAGAACCAAAAACUCAGUUUUGGAACAAUAUGACUGGAUUUGGAAAUAUGCAGUGCCUUCCUCAACUGUUACUUUGGCCUUUGGAUAUUUUUUAGGUUGGAGAAAAGGCAGAGUUCAGCUUUGGGAACGGAUGAAUAGAGACCCUGCAAUUUCCAAAAUAUUGAAAGAGAGAGAAGAAGCUCGGCAGAGACAACAAGCUGAACGCUUUCGCCGUCCUUUGAUUAUACUUACGAGAGCAAGAACACUUUGGAAUAGAGCUCGAACCAAAACUUCAGCGUUGACAGGAUUCAUAAGUCCUUCUAAUCAGCUGCAACAUAUAUCUUCUUCACAAGUUGGAAAGACUUCAGAAGGUCCUUCUCCAAUAUCUCUGGUGAAUAGGGUUGGUAGAAAACCUUGAAGUUUUGUAACAUAAUACUUUUGUAUAUAAGAUCAUAUUUUAUAAUUUUUCUAGUCUGAAAUGUCACAUUUUGAUAUUAUCGAUAGGAGGAAAGUGUAAAGCAUGUUGAUCACUUUUGUGACGACUACUCGAUGGUCUACAACAGAAGGUUGGAAGAAUGUCCCAAGACAUUUUUGUAAAAGUAGAAAACCGCAUACUAUUAAAACAAAGUUUACCGUUAGAUGUUGUUUUUCUAGUUGGUUGAAGAGAAUAACUCCUUUUUCUCAACCUUGUCAAAGUGCGUCUGAGAAAAGUUGGAAACUAAGUUACUUGCUGUUACACACAGUGACUAUCAUAUGGGGUACUCAACACGCUCUCAUCAAGUAUUCGCUACAAUAUAGUUCUCCCGAGUUGUUCAAUUUCGUUCGCUUUUUGUUAGCCUCCCUUACAUUUCUUCCUUCUCUGUUCUUCCAGUCUUCUUCCACUUCAGUUGAGAGAAAUAGAAAGGUUUUCGAGUCCUCCUUAUGGUUAUCAGGGAUAGAGUUAGGUUUUUG